GAAGAAUGUGACAAGUCCAACGCAGAUGUUAUUACUACCAAGCGUGGAAGUGGCAACAUAAGUCCGAGAAGUGAAAUUGUUAGCUUUGCUGAAGAAGAGGAAGGGAUAGAUGGUGAUGACGAAAGGCUUACAACCGCGCAUGAAAGCAGUGAUGAAGAGGGCAAAGAGGGUAAUGAAAUAGAUGAUACUUAA